AUGAUUGAGGUGGUUUGCAACAACCAUCUAGGAAAGAAAGUUCGAGUUAAGUGCAACAGCGACGACACUGGCAACUUGAAGAAACUGAUAGCAGCUCAAACUGGCACCUUCUGGAAUAAGAUCGUUCUUAAAAAGUGGUACACGAUUCUUAAGGACCACGUGUCUCUGGGAGACUAUGAAAUCUACGAUGGGCUGAACCUGGAGCUUUCUUACCAGUAG